AUGGCGACCAGCCGGAGCAGGGAUGUCCGGCAGAGCCUUCAAACCUGGAAGGCACUAUCCCUGGUGAUGCUGGGGCUGCUUGGUCGGUCGGAAGGCUUCGUAAGCCUGCCGCGACGGACAGUGGCUGUGCUUGCAGCCUCUAUGGUUCCACUUCCGGCUGCAGGGGACGAGCCGCUGCGAGUGACGCGGCCGGAGACGGGUCUUGCGUUGUACUCGUACGACCUUCCCGCUCUCGGCUUCGAGGAGCGGAACCGCGCGGCCAACGCAAGGGAUCCUGGGCUGCUGGGCUUGGCCGCGGAGUUUGCGUCCAAGCAGGGAGUCAGGAUAACCUCUGGAGAGGCUCCGCAGGACUUCGUCAAGCGACGGCGCCUUACGGUUCCAAGAAGCCGCCAAAAGGUAUUGAAGUACUCACUGGGCGAGGAGGAGGACUUGAUGGAAGCCUUAGUUAAAGAGACGCAGGAAGAUGAUUCGGAGGUCUUGAAGCACUGCUGGUGGCGCGUGCUGAGGAAGAGCUCGGGGGGAAAGAGCGUGAUCAUGCAGAUUACCAUGCCCGAAGAGUUGACCGCAGAUUUGCGGCAGCCGAUGGAGGUGAUCUGGGGUGGCCAGGGCACGUUGAUGCGAACGAAUGAGGAGGACUUCAUGCGAAGAUGGACGCCUGUGGUGCGGCAGUUGGCCGGGCCCAACCGGAAGAGACCUCAGGGGGCUGCCAGCCGCUGCAGCUGCAAGAAGCUAGCGCCUUUGCCAGCUCCUUGCAAAGGAUGGGUCGCAGCGACCAAGCCUGAGUGUGGGCCAGCAAUUUUCUGCGCUCCGAGUCGCAAAAAAACAAAAGCCGGGGUGCCUUGGAAAAAUUUGCAUCUAGGCACCGGCUGA